GGUGGGAGCGGUGCGGCCCCCUGGCCGUGGGGUUGUUUUGCUCCAGAGCCGCAUUGCCCUGGGGAAUGAUUAACCCCGAACCCACCUGUGCCUGCCCCCUCUCUGGGUUCUGUGCUCGGUGCAGCUCCUGGCCCAGGCCUGGGGCCCAAAGAGGUGACUCCAAGCCCAGCUCCUGCUUUCUGUUUUGUGGGGUUGGGGUGGCACAGCACUGCUCAGAUGGGUGCGGGCAGAGCCACAGCGGCACACCUGCACCUGUCCUGAGCCUCCUCUGCACCUUCUGUCGCAGGGCUGGGGAUGGGGAUAGGACCCCCCUGCAUCUCUCCUGGCCUCCUCUCUCUUCCUGCAGGACUCCUGUCCACCAUAGAGCCACAACCACAGCAGCCCCACAGCAGGUGACACAGGCAGCACAGCCAUCCCCUGUCCCUGGCAUGCCACCAGACCUCGGGGACACAUAUGGGCAGGAUGAGACCUACAGCAGCUCGGGCUGUCCCAACAGCAUCAGGAAGAGAAUUGGGGCCACCGAGUUUGGGGACACUUUCCUGCCCACCAUCCCGGUGCUGCAGUGGGCACGGCACGCACAGCAGGAUGAGUACCAGCGGCUGCGCCGAUACAGGGGGGCUCACGGCUGGAAGGACAUCCGCUGGGAUGUGCUGAAGUCAUCCCUGUCCCUCCUCAACGCCUCGAGCAGCGCUCUGCUCUUUGACACCCGCCCUCUGGCCGCAAGUUGCAUCCGCUGUGCCGUGGUGGGCAAUGGGGGCAUCCUCCACGGCUCCGGCAUGGGCCCCGCCAUUGAUGCUCAUGACUACGUGUUCAGGGUGAACGGGGCCAUCACGGAGGGCUUUGAGCACGAUGUUGGCAGCAGGACGUCCUUCUACGUCUUCUCCACCAACACCAUGGUGAACGCGCUGCACAGCUACGCCGCCGAUGGCUUCCGGCAUCCACCCCAAACACCGGAAACUUGCUACGUCUUCCUCCCAGACCACGACCGUGAUUACCUGCUGCUGCGGGCGGCCCUGAGCCAGCAGCGUGUGGACAGCGGUCGGGAUGAGGGGGUCCGCCCCCAGGAAUUCUUUGGGGAGGACCUGCAGGUGGGGAAAUUUAGGAUGCUGCACCCGGAUUUCAUCCGCUACCUCAGGAACCGAUUCCUCCGUUCCCACAUCCUGGCCACCCCACUCUGGCAGCUGUACCGGCCCUCCACCGGCGCCGUGAUGCUGCUGACCGCCAUCCACACCUGUGACCAGGUUAGUGCCUUUGGGUUCAUGACACCGGGCUACCGGGCGUACUCAGAUCACUACUUCGACCGUGGGCACAAGGAGGUGCAGUUCUUCAUCAACCAUGACCUGAGGAUGGAGAUGCAGCUGUGGCAGCGACUGCAGAGCAGCGGGAUCCUGUGGCUCUACACCGGCUCAGAGGGGACGUGAUGCUGUCGGGGGGCUGGGUGUGCUGCUGGGACCUGUGAGUGAGGAGCUGGGACUCGAGCAGAGUUUGUGAUGAGUUUUUCCAGGCCCUGCACAGCUCUGCUGUGGGGUAAAAUUAAUGAAUCACGUGAAUCUGAGUGCGGGAGAAAUAGGAAUUGAACCUGUCCCUACCUGGAGAAUGGGAGUGGUGAAACACCCAGGGAGAAUCUGGUGCUGUGACUCCAUGGGGGGCUGCUGUGUGUGCAAGGGGCUCAUGGGUGAGUCCCUAAUGUGGUUGUAUAGUGGCAUCUCCUGCUGGGGCUGCCUCCUGCCCAUCUGGGGGGCUCUGCAAUGCCUCUACCCUGGGGAGGGAUUUGUAGCAUCCUCUGUUUGUUGCCAUAGCCCUGAGGCGGCAGCCCCUGUCCACAUCCCCCAUUCUGUGGCUGGGAGGGCCCCUGGCGCCCUUCGUGCCCGUCACUCCUGCUGCUCUCCCGGGGGGCUCUGCCCCCAUCCCUGUCUCUCCCCAGCAUCACAGAGCUUUUUCUAGGCCAGUGCCCAGUUCAGGCAUGAAUAAACCAGCGGCGUUGCAUAACUGGGGCUGCAGAUUUACACCGGAUGGCUGCCCGAGCCCUGCUGCUGCAUGGCACCCAGGGUCCCCAGGCCCAGGGCAACUGCCUGCCUGCCACAACCCUGCCCCAUCCCUGCAGGCAGAUGGAGCAGAGCAGCGCAGCAGUCACUCGCCGGCUGUGCCAAGCUCCCCAAUUAAGGAGCCUCCCUCCCGCCGUGGAUUAGCCAGGAUCAGUGGAGCCCGAGAGCGGGCAGAGCUGCUCGGUGGGAAGGAGGUCAGGAGGGCCGGGUGCUUUUGGCAGCCGCUGUGCAGAGAUUGUGGCUCAAGCUGGUGUCUGCCCAGCAGGGAUUAGCUGCAGCCCCAGACAAAGUGGCCGGGUGGCUGGAGGGGACGAUCCCAGUUCCCAUCCCACGCCGAGCAUCCAACACGACGCCUGGGUUAUUUCGACCACAGCCACCCCACAGCCAGAAGGCUCCAUCGGGAUGGGCUGUGGGUGCCUGCUGCAAGCUGCCCGCCCACCCAUGGGUAUGUUCUGCCUUGUGGUGACUCAGCUGUGCCAGCUCAGCAGCGCACGGAGCAGGGCCAUGGGAACAGCCCCGCAAGGCCACCACCUCCCCAUGGCACCCUCUGCCCUCUGUCACCUCCCCACCCCACAACAUCCCCAUCCCUGGAGCCCAAAGCUCCAUCCCAGCAUGAUGCACAGGGGACAUGUGGGUGUCCCGGGUCUGCGCUGAGCCAGAGCAUUGGGACAUGGCCUGCACAUGGCUGGGGCAGUGGGGGGGGGCGUGGGUGUGCUCGUACUGGGGGGCAGCAGUAGCACGAAGGAGCGAGCUGGUUCCUGAUGAUGGAGGAAUGUUUAUUCCCUGUGAAGUCUGCAGUUCUUCCAGCCCUGUAUCUAUUUGCGGCAACGUGACAUGUGCGGCGUGGUGUUCUUUGCAAGCUUGAAGUCUUGUAAAAAAUUAAUUGUUGUAUGCAAAAUUUGGCUUCAAAUUUUAAAAGCAUCAGUCA